AUAUUACUACGUCUUAUUACAAAGUGCCCUUGGUUGGUUGGGAUAAUACAGAAACUUUUCUCCCCAGAAUGGGGUAGAAUUUACUUUUACUUAUUGACAUCUACAAAGAUUUAUGAAGGAGAAGGUAUUUAAUCAAAUUAUUACGCCCUUAUGGGCACAGGCUACUGGAGCUGGCUUCGAGGGACCGUUUAGAAAGGCUGUUGCAAGAGCUGUUCAACAUGGCAGGAAGAUUUUCAAGUCCGUAUUCCAAAAGACUGAAAGGCCUGAUAUUACAGUAGAGGUACCUCAAGUCUUUGCGCCACCAGUGAGAGUUAAUGUCAUCAAACCAUCAUUUCAACGUGUCAUAUUCGAUGGACUAUUCCCAAAGGUUUCGGUUCGUUCGGUUGCAGCUGAGUUGAGGCGAAGAGCAGCAUGGCAAGGGAUUUCGGGUUCUGUUCGUCAAUUUGGGAAUAAUGGUCGAGCUCCUCUACUUUGCUUUAUUGGAGUUGGAUUGGUAGCAAAUGAAAGCUUUUCAACACCAACCACUGAAUACAAUAUUUGUGCAAAUAUACGGG